AACAAAAAAGAGCCUCGUCACCUUUCGAUUUCCCAUACGUUUUCUAUCUAGAUCCAUUCGUUUUUGAAGCACGAACGUGAGAGGCAUCACGCAAUCGCAGAAACUGUCCUCUAUGGAGACAUUUAUCGUACGGAUAAUAUAAAUUCUCUCUGCAAACGCUACGUGGCCACGUUCUGACAGUCGGAUGCAUCUGAAGAAUAAGGAAAUAUAAUGAGAGGCACACUGACAGACCGUGUAGCGAAAUCUCGAUGCUCGGACAGAUCUAGAUGCAACUUUGCUUUUAACAGAAUUUGGAGCAGCGGAGCAUAGUAUUUUCAUUGUUUUUAGGUUUUUGUGCACAAGCACACAUUUUUCGGGGAGAUAUUCGAACAGCAGCAAAUAUUUUAAAAUUUGAAGGUGGUUUAUAAGCAUCUUUGCUUCAAACAUCUGUUUGUCGAGCAAUUUUUUAUAGACUAAAUUGAAUUUGGAGCAGCGGGGUAAUUUCGUCCCGUGCAAACUCGGAGAAAUCAAAUAUUUUAAUAAUCCAAGUAACACAGGAAUUUGGAUUUGGAUUAAAUUAUUCCUCACAAUUGCGAGGCUGAGGGCGCUAAUUUUUGCGGUAUUCAUUUGAAGAAGAGCAAAUAGGUAUUUCAGAGGUUUGAGGUUGUUUGCGGCAGAUCUCUGUUUGUAUGAAUUUGAUCACUUCUUUCCGAAGUCAGGACUAGAUUAGACUAAAUUGUGGCUUUUUAAUGAGUUAACCUCGCGAGCAGAUCCACUGCAUUGUAUGCAUACAUUUUUUUGGUACAUUCACAACCGAGUUGAUUGAUUGUAGCGAAUAAAUCAGCUGUGCAAUUGUGUUAUAUUUGCAUGCGAAUCUGCUUACUCUUGCCCAUGAUCUGGUCAACUGUUUUCAUGCUGAACCUGAACUGGCCAGAUUAUAAAUGUUUUGGUUCAGUGCAUGAUAAUUAGCUUAAAUGAACCUGAGGCUGUACCCUGCUUCGACUUUUAGUGGAACCUAAAUAUCUUUUGCAGCUGGGAGCUAAGUUUGUCUGAAGACUUGAGGCACGCUCCAAGGGUUCCCUAGAUUUGACUGAAGGAGAUCUGGUUGGGCACAAAACUUAUCCUCCAAACACAGUUUUUUAUCAACAUAAUUUUAUUGUUUACUUCAGCUAUGUUGGCAGCAAUGGAGGGUGACAGUGAAUCUAUCAUGAAAAUGAUAAAAUUUGCAGUCUUACCAAUUGCAAAGGUGUUUGUGAUGUGUGGCUUUGGGUUUGUGAUGGCUACCAAGUAUAUCAAUAUUCUUACACCAUCGAGCAGGAAGCUUCUUAAUGGGCUUGUUUUUGCCCUAUUUCUGCCAUGUCUGAUCUUCACACAAUUGGGAAGAGCUUUGACACUGCAAAAGAUGAUUGAAUGGUGGUUUAUUCCAAUGAAUGUUGUGCUCGCUUCAAUUUCUGGUUCUCUAAUAGGGUUUAUCAUAGCAUUGAUUGUCCAGCCUCCACGUAAUUAUUUCAAAUUUACAAUUGUACAAAUAGGAAUAGGGAAUAUUGGAAACGUACCCCUUGUAUUAAUCAAUGCAAUUUGCCGUGACAGAGAAAAUCCUUUUGGGGAUCCAGAGACAUGCGAUGAAACGGGCAGUGCAUACAUUUCAUUCGGUCAAUGGGUUGGCGCAGUAAUUCUUUAUACAUAUGUAUUUUAUAUGCUAUCUCCUCCUCAAGAUUCAGUACAGGAAAAUCUUGGAUCUGUGCUUGCUUCAUCAAGUACUAGCUUUGAGAAUCCAGAUAGCCUGAAGGUUUCUUUGUUGGAAUCAGAAGAUGGGAAUGUUGACCAUCCUCAAUUUUUAAAAGUGGAUUGGUACACACCGGCAAGGAAGCUAGGUUCUGGUAUAUCUUACCUUGUUGAACGCUUGAGACUAAAGCAAAUAAUGCAACCGCCUAUUGUAGCUUCUAUUUUUGCAAUGGUAAUUGGUGGCAUACCUAUUUUGAAGAGCUUCAUUUUGACAAAUGAUGCACCUCUAUUCUUUGUCACUGAUAGCUGCAUUAUCCUUGGAGGAGCAAUGAUUCCAUGUAUAAUGCUUGCUCUCGGUGGAAACCUUGUUGGAGGUCCUGGCAGUUCGAAACUAGGGUGGAAGACGACUGUAGCCAUUAUUGUUGGUCGGUUAUUUUUUGUACCUCCAGUUGGUCUUGGUAUUGUUACUCUGGCUGAUAAAUUGGGUUUCCUUCCGCCAAAUGACAAAAUGUUCCGUUUUGUUCUGCUUCUCCAGCACACAAUGCCUACAUCUGUUCUUUCAGGGGCUGUUGCUAAUAUAAGAGGCUUCGGAGUAAAGGAAGCAGCAGCAGUACUAUUUUGGGUCCAUAUUUGUGCCGUAUUUUCUAUGGCCAUUUGGAUUAUUUUGUAUCUUCGUAUCUUAUUUUAAGAAGAAAAAAAACAUUGGGCAGAUGUAUUUAGAACAGCUAAUCAUGGCUGUUCUUAAGUAUGCACAAUGAAAUUUGGUAUGCGUUUGUUGUAAUUCUGACUACAUGGCACCUGAGAUACCCUCAAGGUGGCAAUGUGUGCAUUGGUUGUACGUGUAACUGUAUGGAACCUAAGAUAUAAGGAGGCAAUGCUUGAUUACGAAUGGUAAAUUUGCACAAAGGUGCAGUAAUUUUUUAAUUAGUUGGUUCUUAUAAACAUUUAUCAUCGAAUAUUGUAUUGAAUAAUUUCCUUUAUUUGGAAAAUUUAAUAAUACGUGCAACUGGGUUAUACAAUUCUA